UUGAAAGUAGGCGGGAUGGCCACAUCCUCUGCUCCCGAGGAUGGGGCCUGGGGUUCCGACCUGCUCAUGAAAACGUCGAAGUCAGUCAUGGAGAUGGCGCAUAUUGCUCGAACCAACGAUACCGAUGAAGAAACUAGGGUCUUCUACAGUCACCUAAUAAUACAGUGUAUCAAACUACAAGACUUCUCAGUGCGAGCACGGCAGACCCCGUCGCGAAUAAAUGGAGAGCUUGCCAAUCAGGCCCUGGUCCACCUCGGUUCUAUAAUUUUCCCAGAUAAAGUACUACCAGGCUUCGACACAUUGCAAUUUCGUCUCGGGAUGCUCAAUCUUUACUGGAAUGAGAUACGAAAAAAGUCUGACAAGGCGAGGCUCGAGUUUAUUGGCCAGUGGCUGAGACCUGGGGAGCAGCGAGGCGAGGUGGAUAAAGCGCUGGAAAGCUGUGCCGACGAACUCGACAAACAACACACCCACCAUGUUACUAAGAAACCGACAGACAGGUUUGCAUCCCUAGACAUUGAUGAACCAUCAUAUACCGUCUGCAAGGCGGCCCAGUCUAUCUUCGAUGCGCUGUUAGAGUGCAAGGUAUGCUCUUGUCCCAACCAGCAUGAGUUUGGGGCAAAACUCGAACUGGGCACGUACCGGAGGACCAAGAAGAAGAAGGUUUACCAGAAGUCGGUAGUCAGAUCUAUUCGAAACCGAGUUCGCAAUUCUCGUGGCGAUGGUGAUAUAGUUGGGGGGGUUGAUUUCGAUAUCUUUCUCUCCAUGGAGCGGGAUUGGCACGAGGUUCGCGUCCAGACCGUUGAAGAGCAGGGGGCUUCCUUUAUUAUCCCAGAUGCAAAAAACAUCAAGGUUGGGCACUCAAGGGUUGAUAGGUUAUGCAGGCCAAUUAUCAAAACGAAAACGAAAGCUUGGCAACGUAUUGUGUUGAAGCUCACCAGUGGCCAACUCUUCGAGAUGGGAUUUGAAAAGAGCAACUUUCUAAUCGAUAAGACGGCCAAUCCAAUCUCUCUCUCUCAAUGUUUUGAAGAGCGGUACGACUUCUUCACGGAGAAGACGAAGCGAAUCCUUUCGCUCAUGAUCGGCUCCACCAUUCUACACCUCAACGGUACUUCCUGGCUCCAGCCAGGCUGGGGUUCGGCGAGCAUCAAAUUCUUCCAAACCACUGCGUGCAAAACUCCGUUACGACCUUUCAUCCAAACUCAGCUACCUAGAGGCAAUCCUGCUGGAGCAGUGGACUUCCAACUUGUUGUGGAUGGUGGGGAAGCUGACGAUGAGAUAUCGGACAGUUUAGAUUUAGGGCACCGUUGCCCGGUAUUGGUUGCCCUAGCUGUUGUCCUCAUAGAGGUGCAUUUCGUCAAGCCAUUUAGAAAAUUAGCGGAAAUGCACAACGUCCAACUGAUUGAGGUUCCUAGUGGUCGCUUCACCCUCAUCGACGUGGACCAGGUAUUUAACGGCGAUGAGGAAACGGGCAAGGAGGGAUGGCGAUCCCAGAUACCCGAAGACUCUCCUCUUCUUAUGGCGAUUGACAACUGCUUAGAUGGCGAAUUAUGGGAGGAUGAAGAAGGAGAGGCACUCGACAGUGGAACGCUCAGGUCGCGUGUAUAUCAACAUGUUGUUCGACUACUGGAGCUUCAUCUUGUCCACGGCUUCAGCCAGAUACCGCUAGACGGCGUCGACGAAUAUGCCAGAGAUCUGGAUUUUGGCAGAUGGGGCCAGGCCAUAACCAACCAGGAGCCAGACAGCCAAGCAGUUUCGUUACUCUCAGGAAUCCUCACACCCACUCAGGCCUCAUCACCGGCGAUCAUGCCGCUUACUCCAAGUCAAGUCGGAGUC